GCCAUCAUGGCUGCCGCCGGGGAAGGAGCCACUAAUUUAGAGGUGGCCCGGGGCAAGCGCGCUGCCCUCUUCUUCGCCACGGUGGCCAUCGUGCUGGGGCUGCCGCUCUGGUGGAAGACCACGGAGACCUACCGGGCCUCCUUGCCGUACUCCGAGAUCAGUGAGCUGAAUGCCCUGCAGCUCCGGAUAAAGGUUCCCAUCACUGUCGUGUUUUCCCGGGAUUCAUUGUACCCGCAAGACCUGGAGAUGCUGCCUGAUACUGUUGUGGAUGAGCAGGAGAUUCCUUUGAAAUAUAAAAUGAAAAUCAAUUGCUAUUAUCACAAAGAGUAUCGGAUUGCUUCAGAGCAUGAAGAAGAGGCCCUGAAACUGGGCACCGUGCAAGAGGUAGAAGCCAUGUUAUUGGAGUCACAGGAGCAAGCCGAAGGCUCCCUAACUGUGUACGUCAUUGAUGAGAGAUCCUCGCUUCUCCCCAAGGACAUGAUAAGCUACAUUGGACCCAAGAGAACUGCAUUUAUACGGGGACUAAUACACCAUGAUGCCUUUUUCUUCAUUACCCUUCGCAUAAGGGAAAUCAUCAGUACCAUGUCUUUGACUGAGGAGGUGUUGGCUGCAGCCCUGGCUGACCACCUUUCAGAGAGCAAGGGGAGCUCUGAUAAGAGGCGGCCUCUGAAGUCCAGCUUGGGCUAUGAAAUCACCUUCAGUUUGCUCAACCCAGACCCCAAGUCUCAUGAUGUACACUGGGACAUUGAGGGUGCUGUUCGACACUACGUACAACCCUUCCUCAACACCCUUAGUAUCGCGGGCAACAUUUCUGUGGACUCCCAGAUCCUUUAUUAUGCAAUGUUGGGGGUCAAUCCCCGCUUUGAUGUGGCUUCCUCCAGCUACUACUUGGCUGCACAUAGUCUUCCUCAUGUCAUCAACCCUGUGGAGUCCCGUCUAGGAUCCAGUGCUGCCUCCCUUUACCCUGUGCUCAACUUCCUACUCUAUGUACCUGAACUGGCGCACUCCCCGCUGUACAUUCAGGACAAGGACGGGACUCCUGUGGCCACCAACGCCUUUCACAGUCCCCGCUGGGGUGGCAUUAUGGUUUACAACGUGGACCCCAGAGCCUACAAUGGCUCAAAGCUGCCUGUGAAGGUGGAGGUGGAUAUGGUGCGAGUGAUGGAGGUGUUCCUGGCACAGCUGCGGCUGCUCUUUGGGAUUACCCAGCCACAGAUGCCUCCGAAUUGCCUAUCUCCGGGGCCUCCACCUGGAGGACUCAUGACCUGGGAGGUGGAUAGGCUGCUGUGGGCACGGACCGUGGAGAACCUGGCCACAGCCACUACCACUCUCACUUCCCUGUCCCAGCUUCUGGGCAAGAUCAGCAACAUCGUCAUCAAGGAUGACGUGGCCUCGGAGGUAUACAGGGCUGUGGCUGCCAUCCAGAAGACAGCCAAAGAGUUGGCCUCAGGACACCUGGUCUCUGCCUUUGCUGCCAGCCAGGAAGCUGUAACGUCUUCAGAACGAGCCUUUUUCGACCCCUCACUCCUCCACCUCCUCUAUUUCCCUGAUGACCAGAAAUUUGCCAUCUAUAUCCCACUCUUUCUGCCCAUGGCUGUGCCCAUCCUCCUGUCCCUCGUCAAGAUCUUUCUAGAGAUGCGCAAGUCCUGGAAAAAGCCUGAGAAGAGAGACUAAGCAGAAAAGCAUCUUCAUAGGAAGCUGCUUUCUUUUUUUAUUUAUUUUUUUGGUUUCUGGGCCACAUCCGGUGGUGUUUCUAUUAUCAGGGGUUACUACUGGCUCUGUGCUCAGAAAUCACUCCUGGCAGGCUUGGGAGGCAAUAUGGGAUGCUGGGAUUGAACCUGGAUCAGUUGUGUGCAAGGCAAACAUCCUACCCACCAUGCUACCUACCACUCCAGCCCUGGAAAGCUGUCUUCUGGCCAGGUGCGAGAUGUAAGAUGGAGAGGUGCAGACAUGGGGCCUUCCACCAACCGCUGGUGUGUUCCCUGCUUGUCACCCUUCUGUCCUAGUUAUAGCACUCCGUCCUGGGAUCCCCUUCCCUUUCCUUCU